AUGGACUCCCCGGUGGUGCUGCUGCUGUGCCUGGUCCUGCUGCGAGGGAGCUGUGCUCGCGCACAAGGCUGCGGCUACCGGCCUGAGUUUGAUGCGCCCCAUGCCGCCCAUUUGGGCAAUGCCCGCAUCGUGGGGGGCACGAAGGCUGCUGCUGGGAAAUGGCCCUGGGUGGUCAGCAUUCAGACCAGCUCCUUCCACUUCUGCGGGGGGAGCAUCGUUCACCCCUGGUGGGUGCUCUCUGCCGCUCACUGCUUCACGGACAGAAGGGAAGGCAUCAGGGUGGCGGCCGGAAGCAACUACCUGGGCAGGAACAACGUCACCCGCUGGGUGCGGAAGAUCCACCUCCACCCGCUCUACAACCCCAAGACCUACGACAACGACCUGGCGCUGCUGCUCCUGCGCGACCCCAUCCCCCACAGCUGGUUCCACACCGCCCUCUGCCUGCCAGACCGCAACGUCGUCCCGGACAACAGCAUGGGAGAAUCUGUGGGGCUGAGAGCUAAGCCACUUGCCCCCAUCUUCCCGCCCCCCGGCUUGACCCCUCUAGGCUCAGAGUACGGCUCCCUUGAGCUGCUGGACAUCCAGGUGGCCCUGGUGGACUGGACACUCUGCCUGCGGUGGCUGCACUCCCUCACCAGGAACAUGUUGUGCGCUGGGUUCGAGGAGGGCGGCCGGGAUGCCUGCCAGGGGGACAGCGGGGGGCCCCUGAUGUGUCUCCCACCUGGCCACAGCGGCCACAGCAGCCCCCGGCGCUGGUAUCAAGUGGGCAUUGUGAGUUGGGGUCGCAGCUGCGCGGCCGCCCACAGCCCAGGCGUCUACACGCAGAUCUCCAACUACCACUCCUGGCUAGAGCAGACCUCGGCGCACGAUGGGCGCCCCUUCCGUGUGCCCCAGAUCCCAGUCGGCCCCUCCGCCCAGCACGAGAAGCACAACGACCUCUGGGCCGACGUGGAGAGUGGAGGAGCCCCCGUGGGCCCCCCAGUCGUGCUCUGCUAUGCCUCCCUGGCGGUGCUGCUCUUAGGCCUGCGCUGA